UUAUACGGGAGUAAUGAUGCACGAAAGGCCCUUCGCUGUAAAAGAAAAGCAAGUAGGUAUAGGUAUACAUACAGAUAUACUGUGACGGUAUCUUGCCUGCACGUGGGCCCGAGAGCGCGGCGAGACCCGCUUAUGCAUCCGGAUUUGUACUGUACCAGAAAGAUAUCGCGAAAUGAAAAGAAAAAGUGUGGGGAGCUCAGGAUUGGGAGCGGCGUGCUUCCACCCUACUCCGGCGGCGGUAGCCGCCGCGGCCACGCCAGACUGAUCUGAGGAGGCCGAGUCGCAGACUGAUCGGAGGAGGCCUAUUUAGCGCCGGUCGAUGAGCGAGGCGCCGAGAGCAACGCAUCCGAGCAAGCCAGAGGUGCGGGAUGGGGAGAAAGGCGCCUUCUUUUGCUCCGGCCGGACGGAAGCGUAAAGGUCCAUCGUUUCCCCUUCUCUCCCCCUGCAAACGCCGGAUUUCCCCCGCUCCGGCGCAGGUGACCGGCUGGGCAUCCCUCCCGGACGACAUAGUCCACCAAGUCGCCGCGCUGGUGCUGGAAUUCGACGUGGUGGACUACAUUGCCUUCCGCGCGGUCUGCUCGGGAUGGCGCGCCUGCGCGCCCAGCCCGCGAGACCCCACCCUGCGGAUACGAUCUCUCCGCCCGGUCGACUGGGUCGCGCUCUGCGACGGCGACGCCGUCCGCCCGGAUGACGCCUGCCAGAUAACCUUCUUCCAGAAGCGAACGGCCAGGUGCCUCCGCGUCCGCCUGCCCGAGCUCCAGCGCCACAGGAUCAUUGGCUUCACUGAUGGUCUUGUCAUCCUGCUGCACAAGCGAGCCACCACGAUCCGCGUGCUCCACCCCUUCACGCGGGUCGUGGUCGACUUCCCAUCCCUCGUCCCCGUCUACCAGAAGCUGAUCCGGAACCGCAACUGCGUGCUCCGCAUGAACGCUGCGGUUUGUAGCAGUGUGUCAUCCACCACUUCCAUUGCCGUCGUGGCUUGGUUCCCUUGGUCAUCUGUGGUGCUCAGUGCUGAUGCAGGCCACUCAAGCUGGGAGGUCAUUCACAAAGACAUGUAUCUUUCCAAUACCUUGCCCUUCCAAGGUCAGCUUUACGGUUUCCUGCAGACUUCAAGGCAGAUUGUGCAAGUCUACCCUCCAAAACCACUUGGUCCUGGCCCUGUCGUUGCUCAUGUUCCAAUUAAGUUUGGCAACCCAUUUUUCUGCAGCUUCUAUCUCGUGGAGUCCGAUGGCCACAUGCUACUUGUUGUCAAGUCUAUGAACUUGGUGGGCCGUGAUGUGGAGGAGUGGCGACGUUACGUCAUUGCGAUCUUCAAGGUUGAUGUAAGCCUCGGCCACUGGGAACUGAUCCCAGUAAGCAGUCUUGGCGACCGAGCAUUGUUUGUCUCCAUGGACAGGUGCCUGUCCGUGAAGGCGAAGAACCUUCCUUCCAUCAGCAGCAACUCAAUUUACCUCACUGUGCCACUCCCGGAUCCGGUUGUCGUGCAUUCCCUGAGCAGCCAGUCAUUUGAGCGGCCAACGACGUUGUGUCAGGUCCACGACGUGAAGGAGAAGAUUCGCCCGUCCGUCAGGCCCUUCACCAUCGCUGAUCAUCUUCUCACCUACUGCAAUCAUCGUGAAUGGGCAACUGGACUAAUGUUUCAUGAGUAUUACACUAUACCCAAGUCUUAUGAAGAGUUGUGGAAGAAAAUAAGAGCUCAGGAUUCUGAAGUGAGGAUUUCGCGCGUGCAAGAUUCAAUCAGGAAAGGGAAAAGGCGUGUCCAACUGAAGAAGGAAUAACUACACCGUAAUUUAGACUGCUCUUUGAAAAUGAGAAUAUUAUUUAACAAUAUUCUUAUUCCUAAUGCUUUCAAUGUAAUCAUGCAUCAACGCUGAUGAUGUAACUAAAAUCUGUUCUCACUUCGCGAUGAAGUGAGCUUAUAUAUGAACUGAAAAAUUACCAGCA